AUGCGGAUCAUCAGCGGCGGAAUGAAGGCGUCGGAGCUGGGGGAGCUGGAGGAUCAGACGGCGGCGGGGCUGGUGGCGCAGGCUAGGAGCCUGGCGGCGCGGCGAGGGCACGCGCAGGUCACGCCGCUCCACAUCGCCAGCGCCGUCCUCUCCGCCUCCCCCGCCCUCCUCCUCCUCCCAGGGCGCCACCAAUGCUCCCGCCAGUACUACUCCAUUGACGCGCUAGCGCUCUGUCUGGGCGCCUCGCUCGACCGCCUCGCCGUUGUGAGUACGACGAGUGCCCCGGCGCCGUCGAACGCGUUCCUGGCCGCGCUGAAGCGGGCGCAGCGGAAGACGAAGCCGCAGGGGACGCGCCGCCGGACUGCUGCAGCAGGCAGCAGCGAGGUGGAGCGGCUCGUCGCCUCCGUCCUCGUCGACCCCGGCGUGGGCCGCGUCUUGCGCGACGCCGCGGAGGCCCCCAGCUCGCGGCAGGCCGAUCCUCCGAAUCCGGCUGUCAAGGAGAUUAGGGUUGGAGGAGCACGACAACCGUCGACUCUUGGGAGCGCAUACUGGGAACUCAAGCCAAUCCCGAAUGGAAGUGAUAGUCAAGGUAGCCAAGCAAAAUCAGGAACAAAGGGGCGGACCAUCUUCGCCGCGGAGGUAGUCGCAGGGCCAACCACGGCAACCCUUCCUCCGUGGCUCCGCCGCUACCACGCAACACUCCGCAGCAGAUCAACACACCGGGGCAGCACCGACAACCUUCAGGCUGCUCGCCGCCAGCCGAAAUUCACGGAGCUCACCGCGCAGAACCUCAAGAUCCUGUGCGGCAAGCUCGAGCUGCGGGUGCCGUGGCACGGGUCCAUCGUCCCCGGCAUAUCGAGCGUCGUGCUCCGGUGCCGAUCAGGCAUGACGACAAGGGCGAGGAAGAAGCCAAUCAGCUCGUUGUCGAGUAGAACUGCGACUUGGCUGCUCUUCCAAGGAAGCGACGACGUCGGUGGUAACUUGGUUGCUCGGGAACUCGCGAGGCUCGUGUUCGGCUCCUACUCGGAGUUCACCGCCUUGCAAGGUAACUCCGAUAUUAUUAUCCCCACAUGCAGCAGCAAUCAGCUCGCCACCAUCAAGAGGCAGAGAUCGCUGGGAAAAUAUGGCGGUGGCAGCUACCUUGGGGAAAGGUUGUUUGAGGCGAUCCGGGAAAACCCACAUCGCGUUAUAUUGAUCCAUGGCGUCGACCGUUUGGACCGUGAUUCGGAGACCCACUUAAAGAACGCGGUCAAGGAAGGAACAAUGAGGGGCUGCAAUGGCGAGGUUAUCAGCUUGGAGGAUGCCAUCGUGGUGCUGAUGAGCUCUAAAGUGGUCAACUCGGGAUGUGUGGUUUCGUCCCCCAGGGUGAAACGUUCUCGAAUCGGCAGGCAGAGCCGCGAGGAGGGAAAUGUCAUGGAGACGGAGGUGAGAUCUCGUCGGUUUAGCUUUGAUCUGAAUGCCGCCGCAGAGGAUGUGAAAGAGGAGGAAGAUGAUCUAGCUGAUGAGGAGGAAGCGGGGAUCGCAGAUAUCGUGGACGGUGUUUUCCUUUUCAAUUAGUAAUAGUUCGCAUUUCAAAUGACCUAGGCCGGGAGCUUAGUUUUUCUUUGAGAGCACUAAUGUAGAUUUAUUAUUAGAGUCAAUUCAAUAAAGA